AGCAGCACAAUAGAAUUCACUUAGACGAUUUAUAUGCAACAGAUGCACCUUAGUGCAGCACAGAAAGUCUGUGGUGGACAACCUUCAUUAUAUUAAAAUCUUGUCUUUCUUAGCGGCGCUGGGACCCCGGAAAGCGACGAUAAAUUGUACAUUUCUGGACGAUCGACGCAUUACAAAUAAAAACUUUCUCGUCUAUUGAAUCCACCAUGUUUGCCCGUGCCUUCCAAAGCUCGCUCCGUGCACCUAAGUUUCGGCUGACGCCCCUUACCGUGAGAUUAUUGUCUCAGGAAACAAGAUCUGCAAUCGAGCAGGCCAUUUCAUCUGCUCCCGUCGUGCUGUUCAUGAAGGGUACUCCACAGGCUCCAGCUUGUGGAUUUUCGAGAGCCACUAUUCAAAUCUUGGGACAGCUGGGUGUGGAUCCACACAAAUUUGCUGCUUACAACGUCCUGGAAGACCCUGAACUUAGACAGGGUAUCAAGGAGUAUAGUGAAUGGCCUACCAUUCCUCAACUUUACGUUAAUAAAGAUUUCGUUGGAGGAUGUGAUAUUGUGAUGGCCAUGAGCCAGUCAGGCGAGCUGAGCGAGCUCCUUGAGUCUGCCGACGCGCUCGUUCCAGAAGAAGAAGAGGAAAAAUGAUCAAUGUAAAUAGACUCAAAUACGAUAUUCUCCUUUGCCUUAUGGCUUAUAACCAGUGAACGUUAAAAGCCCCAUUUAAGGAGGUUUGAUUUAGCCGCCUACUGAUAGAAAGACAACAGUGUCUUAUCCUUCUACUGAAGGACGGCUCAUCGCCCAAAUGUUUCGUGUUGAACUAUAAAUCGCCUACCGUUUUCUUUCGUCAAUCAUAUUGUUCACACCUUGUCUCAGUGCAUCCUUUAAAUCGUCAAAAUUCUCAAUAUUCUUUGGCCUAAAUAAGCGCGAGCUCCUGCACCAGGAAACUGCAUAAUCAAAACAUCCCUCGCCAACUGCCAGGUAGCGGGAGAGCAGCGAUCUCGAACUUGGGCCAUCGGCCAGGUCCUCCACAGACAAACUGAGUCCAGUGGUUUUCUUGAUGCCUGCAAGCACCAUCGAAAUCAAAACCAGAUCAAAGGCGUAAUGAGCAUAUUUGCCGAC